UUGCGAAGUUCUUUAACAACGAUGCAAAUGUUGUGGGCUUUGUUUGUUUGUUUCAAAGGAGAAUAGCCGAUUUAAGACUUCAGUUUAGGUGGAAGGGAUCAGAUUCAGAGGGAAAAAAAACAGCCAGAAGCAGAAGAACCACCACCGCACGAACAGCGCCAACAACACUAAUCUUGAUUGCGUUCCAAACUAGUAAGAAGAACUGAGAAGAAGCAUUAUUCAUUUGGUUUGAUGAUUGAUCAGGGCAGCAUGCAUGUGAACAAGUUUUGAUCACCUAUCGUCGUCAUCUCACCAGAAAUUUUCUUCUCUGCACAAAGACGACAGAACCGGAGGGGAAGUGUACCAGUAGGUAGCUGAGGACUGGUGGAGCUGGAGGACUUGAGAUUUUGGAUUACUUUUGGUAACAGCACAAGUUAAUUUGGUAUUAUGGGGAUUUGCUGGAGUUCUUCUUCCCCUACAGAUAACCACAGCUUGACCACUUCCGCCAAUAUGAGUUCCGCGGGGCUAUCACAGUUAACCACAACCAACACGUCAUCUUCAGGCAACAGCAGCAACGUCUCGGGGAACAGCAGAUUCUCCGUUGCUACUGGGUCUGAGGAGGCUUAUCCAUAUGGCCAAAUCUUGCCUCAUCCCAAUCUAAGGAUUUUCUCUUUUUCGGAGCUCAAGGCCGCAACCCGGAAUUUCAGAGGUGACACGGUGCUGGGAGAGGGUGGAUUUGGGAAAGUUUACAAAGGUUGGCUUGACGAGAAAUCCACGUCCAAGAACAGUGGUAGUACAGUAAUUGCUGUUAAGAAGUUGAACUCUGAAAGUAUGCAAGGAUUUGAAGAGUGGCAGUCUGAGGUAAACUUCCUCGGUAGGCUUUCUCAUCCAAACCUUGUUAAACUCCUUGGAUAUUGCUGGGAGGAUAAAGAGCUACUCCUUGUGUAUGAAUUUAUGCAGAAGGGCAGCUUGGAAAACCACCUCUUUGGAAGGGGCUCUGCUGUUCAGUCACUUCCGUGGGACAUAAGACUUAAGAUCUCAAUCGGAGCGGCUCGUGGUCUGGCAUUCUUGCAUGCAUCAGACAGACAAGUUAUCUACCGAGAUUUCAAGGCCUCGAAUAUAUUGCUUGAUGGUUCAUACAAUUCCAAAAUAUCAGAUUUUGGCUUGGCAAAGAUGGGUCCUACAGCAAGUCAAUCACAUGUGACGACUCGUGUUAUGGGUACAUAUGGCUAUGCUGCUCCUGAGUACGUUGCAACAGGGCAUUUGUACGUGAAGAGCGAUGUGUAUGGUUUUGGUGUUGUAUUGGUCGAAAUGUUGACAGGAUUACGGGCACUAGACACCAAUCGUCCAAAUGGGCAACAUAAUUUGACUGAUUGGAUCAAGCCUCAUUUGUCAGACAGAAGGAAGUUAAAGAACACGAUGGAUACGAGGUUAGAGGGCAAAUAUCCUUCAAAAGCAGCUGUACAAAUAGCUCAACUUGCUCUAACAUGUCUUGCGCCUGAACCUAAAACUAGACCAUCAAUGAAAGAAGUUCUGGAUACGCUAGAACGCAUUGAAUCUGCAGAUGAGAAACCAAAAGAACGCAGGGUGAAGCCCACGCGCCAAACAGCUCAUCGACAUGGUCAGCAGCAUUUGCACCAUCGUUCUGCACUUCAUCCGAGGAACGGAGGACAUCCAUCCUAUCCACUCCCACAACGUGCAUAAUUGGUGUAAUUUCUUCCCUCAUACAAGUGUGUCUUAAUCUCUUAGGUGUCCACACCCUUCGAAAUUUUAAGGAGUUUGUUGUUAAUGUAGCACAGUAAAUCACAAAAGAGAUGAGAAAUUUUGGGCUGAUCUCUUAUCAGUUUGUUGCUAAAGUAGUGAAUUGAGCUCAACUAUAUUAGUUAGGCAAUAUACUUUUGUACAUUGAGAAGAUUUCAUAUGUAUGGUUAACAAUAAUAUAAUGAGCCAAGGCUUUCCAAUAGUUGGGUUGGAAAAAUUAAAAAACGAGCACAUUUAUCUUA